UAGGCCUCCAAACUCCUCUACCCCCAAACCUUCCUUGACCCUCUCCAAUCUGGUCUUAGAUCUCUCCAUUCUACCAAAACUAUCCUAAGCAAAGUCAGUAUUGAUUGCCUAUCUGCUAAAUCCAAGGUUCACUUUUCUCUGCUUAUCCUUUUUUGGUGUGGUUCAUAGUGGUCGACCUAGAGACCGGAUACCAUCCUUUUUGACCUAAUUGGGUCUCUUGACACAGUUGUCCACCCCCUCCUCCAUGAAAUCCUCCACUCUGUUGGCUGGGAUGGCAGUGCUCUUUUCCUACCUGUCCAAGCACUCUUCCUCUGUCUCAGCACCUCAGUCCAUGUCCCCUCCUUUCCACCUAACUCUUAAUGGCCCUCAAAGCUCUGUCCUUGGACCCCCUCCUCUUUUCACUCUUAGUUGCCUUCAGCUCCUUCAGCAUGCAAUUUCGUCUACACUCCAGUGACACCAACAUGUGUACCUCUCCCCUAAUGUCCUCUCCCAUGCCAGUCGUUAUCAGCGGCGGCUCCUACCUCUUUGGAGGAGGGGACUGCAACUGUCUCACUGAGGUUGGGGGGCUGUAUGUCUCAGCCACUAAAGCCGUCAUUCUUGCCCUCAUCAUCUCUCUCCUUGAUUACUGUAAUACAUAAUCACCUACAGCCUACCUAUCUCUGACUUUUUUUCCCUUUCAGUGUCUUUUUAUCUCUGCUGCCUGCCAUAAUUUCCUCUCUCGCUGAUUCACUUCCUUUUCUAAAUACUUUUGAAACACUGGCUAAGGUGGACUGCCCCCCAUUCUGGCACGUGGAACAGCUAUAUAAGGUGGUCUGCGCCCCGUUCCAGCGCCUGGAAUGGCUAGGCCCAGGGGAGUCUCCGUAGCUCAUGAAACAUGAAGAUCUUAGCCCGCGUGUGUGUGGCGAGUCUGCUGCUCUCUGCUGUACUCUGGCUGUGCUGGAUGAGAGCGAACGUGGAAGAGAGAGCAGAGCAUCCACCAUCUUUUCUACCUCAUGUACUGCAGCUCUGGGGAUACAGCCGGCUCCCGGAUGGAGAGCCGCUGGUCAGGAACGCUUGUAAAACCUGCAGUGUGGUGUCCAGUUCGGGACAGAUGCUUGGUUCUGCCCUGGGGCGACAGGUUGACCAGGCCGAGUGCAUCCUGCGCAUGAACACGGCUCCCACUGUGGGGUACGAAGCAGACGUGGGCAGCCGUAGCACAUUGAGAGUCGUGUCGCAUACCAGCGUGCCACAUCUACUCCGCAACCAGACCUACUUCUUCCAGCACGCCCAGGACACUGUGUAUGUGAUAUGGGGGCCCCCCAGGCAGAUGGACAUUGAUCAGGGUAUCACAUAUCGCGCCUUGUUGCAGGCUAAGGGCAGGUUCCCCGGAGUGAAUAUCUACGCGCUCACACAGAACAUGAUGGCGCACUGCGACCAGAUCUUUCAGAACGAGACUGGGAAGAACAGGGCGAUGUCGGGUACGUUUCUGAGCACUGGAUGGUUCACUAUGAUUCUGGCCAUGGAGCUGUGUGAGGAGGUCACUGUGUAUGGGAUGGUCAGCAAAAACUAUUGCAGCGAUCGUUUGCACCCUCCGGUCCCUUACCACUACUAUGAGAAGGGCCGUCUGGAUGAAUGCACUACUUACAUGAUGCAUGAAAGAGCCUCGCGGGGAGCCCACCGCUUCAUCACGGAGAAAGCAGUCUUCUCUCGCUGGGCCCGCAGAAAACGGAUCCAUUUUAAUCAUCCAUCCUGGGGGGCUUGAGGCAUAGAGCAACCUCACUUUUAUACGGCUCACGUGCAGCCAUUUUUAGCCAUUUUAAUGCAAGCACAGACUUAACCUCAAUGUCUUCGGUGGGAUUCCGCAGCAGCCCCUGGAUUUAGGGGGCCUCAUACUUUGCUGUCCUGGAACCCGCAGGAAACAAGUAUUAAGACAAUCUUAAAAACACAAAAGCAGGCACGUCCUACCCAUAAUCAUGUUACAACCUCCAACUACCUGUCUAGUGCUCAGGCUGCUGCUUGGGACUUUUGCUCUCAAUGUUUGGGUGAAGGGUACAGUGAGUGGGUGCAGGUAUAGUGACAGUCGUUCCUGUUCCAUGAAGAUUAUCGUAUCCUACUGGUUCAUUACCCACAGCAGCUCACACGUUACUGUUCUGUUACAAUAUAACCUAAGCAGCACUGGGGAAAUAUUAAGCAGUAUUAUUUAAGUAUGCCAUUCUAUUUGGCUUGAGCAACCAAUGGCUCUCAGCUGUUCUGGGACUGCAAUGCCCAGAAUGCCCCGACAGCCAUAGAGCCAGAGAUUGCCUACCUCUGUCUUCAACAUACCACAUCCCCUUGCUGCAGAGCUAAGAAUGAAUUUACAUAUCCAAGUCGGUUUUAAUACUUUUAUUCCAGUUGACAACCUGUAGCAGCUAAUUAAUGCAGGUGCCGCAGUAUGUAUUAUUUAUUUCCAUAUCCCAUAAUGCAAUUCCUCCAACAUAAGUUCUUGUAACAAGAUCUACUUUACUGCACUCCGUGAUUUAGCUGUAGCGGUCCACCCUUUGUUUACACUAUAGGACGGUCGUAUUUCAUUCAAGCCUCAGAAGCCUCCAACCAUGAGUUUUCCUGCUGCUGACAAAUGACAGUUUCCAUGAUUCUUAGCUGACAACAUGUGUGAGGUAACCUAUAGCAACCAAUCAGUAUAAGUUAAAGUCGACCCAGUGGGUUAAUGGCCAUUUGCACCUUGUUAGUAAAGUUAAUAUACUGUUGGAUGAUGUCAGUUUUAGCUUCUUAACAGAUGGAGGCUAACAAUAUUUAGUAUAAGGAGAAAGGAUUCGGGCCCUUAUUCCGAGUUGUUCGCUCGCUAGCUGCUUUUAGCAGCAUUGCACACGCUAGGCCGCCGCCCUCUGGGAGUGUAUCUUAGCAUAGCAGAAUUAUGAACGAAAGAUUAGCAGAAUUGCUACUAAAUAAUUCUUAGCAGUUUCUGAGUAGCUCCGGACCUACUCACAGAUUGCGAUCAGCUCAGUCCGUUUAGUUCCUGGUUUGACGUCACAAACACGCCCUGCGUUCGCCCAGCCACUCCCCAGUUUCUCCAGACACUCCCGCGUUUUUCCCUGACACGCCUGCGUUUUUUAGCAAACGCCGGGAAAACGCUGAGUUGCCGCCCAGAAACGCCCCUUUCCUAUCAACCUUUAACCAGACAGCAGUGCGACUAAGAAAGCGCCGCAGAAGCCACAGCAAAACUGCUAAGUUUUGUGUUAAAUAACUAAGCGCAUGCGCCCUGCGUGCCUUGCGCAUGCGCAAUUUGCAACAAAUCGCAGCAUAGCGAAAAUCGUCAACGAGCGAACAACUCGGAAUGACCCUCUGUGCGUCUUAUGUGUGGUAUACACGCAGAAUAGAUAGGUCAGCUGUUUGUCACCUGUUAGUACGUUACGGGCGGUGUUAAAUUCUUUCUGCCACUUUCCACACCCGUUCUGUUUCUGCUGACGGGGGUGGUAUUAUCAUUUCAGCUCGCUACCCCUGGGGUAGCAAGUGCCCUAACCCUUUGCGCCGCUAAACAUGAUUACUAUGGGCGUCAUAUGCACAAUAACAGCAAUCACUUUAGAAAGGAGAUUGGGCGUGAUAUAUCAUUUGAAUACCGCCCAAUGAGACUGCAGCCAGUCAUAACUGUAAAACGAUAUAAAACUUACAGGGCGGCAUGUACUAAUGCUUACCGCCACAGUUUUUCCCAUUUACCGCAGCAGAGGCUAUUUAACGC